AUGGCUGAGGACUCGGAGCCUGAAUUCUACCUGAGGUGGAAACACUGUGAGACGCCCUAUGUUAAGACUUUAUGCAAUCUAACGAAACUCUUGAACAGACUUCAGAAAGACCACAGAGAUGACGUCUACCUUUACAUCUCUGGACACCUGAAUCCCAAUAAGCUCUACAGGCCACCUGCGACGAUCUUGCAUCACUGGGCCAAUGCCAAUAGGCCAAAGGGGGAAAGAAUCGUCAGAGUGGAAAAGCCGUUCGAUAAGAAGAUUGCAAAGAUGAAAGAUGCCUGGGCUUAUUUUACCAUCAACACAGCCCUGCAUCCAAACGAUGCCCAGAACACACCACUCUUCAGGUAUUUGAACCCUGUGGCACACACUUCCCACAGUUCAGAAGAGGAUCUCAUUCCAAAGAUGGCUCCAAGAGGAGAGGGUUCUUCUGAAGGACGCAAGAAGGAAGAACUAAGACUGCCAGAGAUGAAGGUUCUCAAGUCCAAAACAGUCAAGUCCAGCCGUCAGUGCGUGAUGUCACCUCCAGGCAAGGAUGAAUACCAGUACAUCAGCUCAUACUUGGCCGGCGUGACCAAAGCAGACAAGUAUAGGAAGUUCUUGUGUUUCGAAAAAGAAGUUCUUGCAAAGCAAGAUCUCCUGAAGAAUGAUUUCACUGGGGGCAAGGCAGCGAUAUGCCAUGAAAAGAAGCUGGAACAGGAGCUCCAGAAAGUAUGCAUAUGCGACCCUCAGCAGUUCAACAGACUACAGGUCUUUGGGAAAAUUUUUGAAGACAUUUGCAAUAGUUCUUUGAUAUUUGGUGAUAUCUUGAAAGAAGUGAAGGACACAUAUGAACUCUACAUGACAAUACUUCUGGAGUCCCAGCCCACAGCCCAGUAUGAGACUUUGCUGGCUCACUUCAAGGGGCUGCAGAGGAGAUCUGUGAAGACAGAGGAUGUCGACCAGGCCAGGGAGGAACUGAGGGCGUGUGUGAGGGCUGUCAAAGCAGCCGUGGAGCGUAAUGACAAACUCAGAAGUGAGUUAGAGUUGGAGCGUGUCUUGCUACAAUCUGCUAAGGAAAAAUCAGAAUCAUCCAAGAAAAAAGUAAUGGAUGAGGAGAACCUUACUCUUAUUGAGAAGGUUGAGAAGACGAGGUGUGAAAUACUUAAUAAAUGGGAUGAAAUUCAAGCUCUUGAAAGAGAAAUUAAAACAACUUUGGUUCAUACUGGAAUUUCACACAUCACUGAGAAUAAGAUUAAAAGCAUAGAGACUGAAACGAUAAAAUUGGACACAGCAAAUAAAAUUCUAAGGAAGAAAAUACUUAUUAUUGAAAACCAUUUGAAGCAGAGCAUGAAGAAGAAUAAGAUGAGUGAGGAGGAGCAGCAGAACUUCUGGGAAUUUAUUAAAGAAUUUGUAAAAUUUAAAGAAGCAGACAAUAACUCCCAAGUGAAUGGAAAAAUGACCUAUGAAAAUUUACAGCCACCAUGUACAUAGCGUCGAUGCUUGCAGAUGUGUAUAUUAAUGAAGAUACAUUUCAUUUUGUUGGUUUUAAUCUCUAAUAAAAUUAAUGUGGUAUAUGUAUCUUCAGAUAUUGAAAUAAAUACAUGUAUGCCUUUGAUUAAUUUUUCUUUUGUAUACAUCUUCAUCACAAUAAUACUUCUUGGAGCAUUUUCUGCUUUCAUUUAAUAACUUUCUCCAGGGAAAAAUACUUUGAAUCAUUUGAUAGGAAUAAGAAUUUCAGCAUCACUGCAGUAUAGACCAAACUUGUUUCUUAUUUGCCAAAGCAAGGAUAUAUAUGGGCAUUUAAUAAAAUGUAGUAGUCAUCUAAUUAAUAUUCAUUUAAUUAAAUAAUGAUACACUGCUCUACAAAUAUUACAACACUAGCAUAGUGCUUUGCAUGGCAGGUGUCUCAGCUGAUUGUUAUCUUUGUGACAACAUUGUGACUUGGGAUUUUUUUAUCUCUACUUUGCCUAUGAUCUGGUCUGAGCACUUGGAGUAAAUGCAAGUCCGAUUUCUUCGGACAUUCAUAUAUAGGACUGUUGUGAAGAUUAAAUGUAAGUGGUGAAAUACAAAGACGAGGGAGUUAAUCCUAACUUAAAAUAUUAAAGUUUGAGUUCAGAAAGCAAGAAAGAGAUAAGCAGCAUUUGCUUUCUAUGGACCAGGAGGUUGAUAUUGGGGAGGUGUGUUCAUUACAGCUCUCUUUGCGAUCAUUAGCUUUCCCUGGGGCACAACUAGUUCUGCUUUUAGAGAUAAAAUGAUGGCAGCUGAAACCGAAAAUUUUUACCAUAUAUAGAAAUAAAUUGGAUUUUAUUAAUGUUUGUUGAAUUCUCUAUGUUCAAGUUCCUUUCUAUUGGUUAUCUAUGUUCACUAGAAUCUUAUUGAGUAGGUACCAUAUUUCCCAUACAUGUAGGGGAAAGAAUGAAAACGUGAA